AGAACCACGUUAUAUUUCUACAGUUAUAUUUCUAUAAAAUGAAUCUGAGUGAGCUGGAAACAAUUACAUCAGUAGGUCAUAUAAUGCCACGAAAUGAAUUUGUCCUAUAUGGGAAUUCAUGGUUUCAAUUUCUUUCCAAUUUAUUUCCAAUUCAACGUUUCGAUCACCGUUUCCUAAUUUAAUUUGACUAUGGAAUCUCUUCAAAUUUAUUCAUCACCAUUUCCAAUUUAAUUUCACGAUGGAACUUUCAAUUCAUCCAUCACCGUUUCCCAAUUUAAUUUAACCAUGGAAUCCCUUUAAAUUGGUUCGAUAAAGACCAAAGAGUAAUGCGCUGAUUCAAAAUCAAAUGACUGAUUUUUUUGUGGCUUCUUUUACUUAAGAAAGUGUAGAGGGAGGAGUAUUCUACCAUUUGCAUUAUUUAUUCACGUUUUUUACUUGCGAAGAUAAAAGAUUUUAAGUUAAGUUCUCUCUAGAUUCUCCCGCGCAAAUUUGAAAGCAAAUCUACUUCUUUAGGGAAAAUGGCGUCAUAAAAUGGAAGGUAGCUCCCUCUGCACCAGAGACUACUUUUCUAAAAUAAAAUAAAAUGAUGUCUUAUAUGAAAAAUUGAUUAUAAUUUAAUCUACCUUAUAAUAUAUAUUGCUAUUUGUAUAUACUAUAAGAAAAUUUAAAACUUAUAGACACAAAUAUAGGAAUACCGUUCAUGGAUCUAGGGAUAUAAUAUUAUAUACUAUAUUCCUAAGUUUACGAUAUAUCACUAGAUGAAAAAUUAACAUUAGCACGUAAGAUCGUGCGGCCUCAAAACGUCGAAAGGUUGUUGAAAAUAAUUACUGGUUGCAGAUUUAAUGAUUUAAAGAAUAACAAUAUUGAGAAUUACAAACAGUUCUUUCUAAAUGGAAUUUAUUCGAUAUAUUCGGAGGCUAAAAACUUGUGCUUUUUCAUUAAGGGCUCUAAACACGUGUUCUCGUCGUUAUUGUGCGUCAAGUCCUAUCAAAGAACAAGUAGAGGCUGAUACAUCUGCGCCAGUUAUAAAUCAAAAUACAAUAAAUAAAUUGGAACAAUUGUCUUUGCUUAACUUUAACCACGAAGACAGUUUUUCUAUUUUAGAAGGUGCGAUUAAGUUUACAGAAGAUUUACGUAUCGCAGAAAUCGACGAAAAAGUUGAACCUAUGUAUAGUCCAUCUGAAAAAGAAUCUGUUCCUUUGCGAGAAGAUCGCGUAGAACCUAACGCAUCUAGAAAAGAAAUUUUAAAAAAUGCUGCUGUCUUAGAAGAAGAAUAUUUUGUAGCACCAUUGAAUAAAAUUUCAUAAAUAUCAUCAUGAA